AUGCCUGCCUCCAGUCUCUUGUCACAGCUCCCUCCAUUCUUCGCCUGUAGCAUUGUCAUACCCCCCCCAUGCACUGCCAUACCCCCGCAUGCACUCCCAUACCCUCUUUGCCCUGCUGCCAUACCCUCUUUGCCCUGCUGCCAUACCCUCUUUGCCCUGCUGCCAUACCCCCAUUGCCCUGCUGCCAUACCCUCUUUGCCCUGCUGCCAUACCCUCUUUGCCCUGCUGCCAUACCCUCUUUGCCCUGCUGCCAUACCCCCCUUGCCCUGCUGCCAUACCCCCCUUGCCCUGCUGCCAUACCCCCCUUGCCCUGCUGCCAUACCCCCCUUGCCCUGCUGCCAUAUUCUGGCCUCUCUGCAACCGCUCUCCUGGUCCCCAUACCUUCCACUUUCACAUUCUCUUGCCCCUUCCUGUUCCCCCAGUGCCCCCCCCCCAUUCUCCCCUUCCCUGUCCCCCCAAUACCCCGCCAUUCUCCCAUUCCCUGUCCCCCCAGUGCCCCCCCAUUCCCCCCUUCCCUGUCCCCCCAGUGCCCCGCCCAUUCUCCCCUUCCCUGUCCCCCCAGUGCCCCCCCAUUCCCCCCUUCCUCAUCUGUAUUGUAUCGCAGCACCUGCAUGUGCAUCCACCUUGCACUCAUCUCCCUCAUGCCCACCUUGCAAUCAUCUCCCUCAUGCCCACCUUGCACUCAUCUCCCUCAUGCCCACCUUGCUCUACGCCCCAGGGGCCUCUCCACUUCCAUUCGAAUUUUCUCUCAACCACUCACCCCACGCACUUCCUUCCUACAUGCCCUUUCUCCCGUACGCCCUUUCUCCCGUACGCCCUUUCUCCUCGCAUCCCUCAGUCCCCCAUCACCGCACAGCACCUUUAUCCUCUCAUCACCAUGCCUUCAUAGCUGACCUGCAGCUGCUGCUGUGGCACACUGCCAUCCGUGCUGUGGCACACUGCCAUCCGUGCUCCAUCCCAUCCCUCCCUCUCGUCCCACCUUUCCAGCAACAAUUCACCCUAUCCACGCCCCGUGCACCAUUUUCUCUUCCUUUCUCCCGUCCGUCCCACAGCCAUCCACCACAGCGUCUUCAUGUGCUGCCUGCACUGCCACCUGUGUGCCUCCAUCCUCCCACCGUGCCUCAACCAUUUACCCUAUGCACGCUCCUCCCUACCCACCCUCCCCGCACUACCCCUGUGCCUCCCACCUCUCAGCCCUUCAUCACAGUGCCUUCAUAUCCGGCCUGCACUGCCACCCAUGCACCGCCCUCCUCUCAUCCGACCCGCCUCUUUGGCUCACGUCCCUCGGCAGCCCUGACUGCCACAGCAGGCAUGCCACCGGGUGCCACAGCGGCAGCUGCAGCACCCACAGCAGCGGCAGCACACACAGCAGCACAAGCAGCAGAAGCAGUGGUUCUGAGGACUUAUUUUUUAGGAGGGGAGAUGUGGUGGAGGAGUGGCACGGCAUGGAUCUAA